CUCUCUCUUCGCACUGGCUGGCCCAUUCUCACACGAACUCUCUCUCUCUCACUUCGGCGAAGCCCUAGCUCUCUCACACAGACGCCGGCGGCAACCUCAGGUUUAGCUCUCUCGAGCUUCGAUUCGAAGAUAUGGCAAGAGGAUUGAAGAAGCAUUUGAAGAGGCUCAAUGCUCCGAAGCAUUGGAUGCUCGACAAACUCGGUGGUGCAUUUGCCCCCAAACCUUCAUCUGGACCUCAUAAAUCUAGGGAAUGCCUUCCAUUGAUCCUUAUCUUGCGAAACCGACUGAAAUAUGCUCUCACAUACCGUGAGGUAAUUGCAAUUUUAAUGCAACGACAUGUUUUGGUUGAUGGGAAGGUGAGGACAGACAAGACAUAUCCCGCGGGUUUCAUGGACGUUGUGUCUAUUCCCAAAACAAACGAGAAUUUUCGGCUUCUUUAUGACACAAAGGGCCGAUUCCGUCUUCACUCAGUCAGGGAUGAAGAGGCUAAGUAUAAGCUCUGCAAAGUUCGCUCAGUGCAGUUUGGGCAAAAGGGCAUCCCUUACCUGAACACUUAUGAUGGACGUACAAUCCGUUAUCCCGAUCCUCUGAUCAAGGCUAAUGACACCAUCAAGCUGGACCUCGACUCCAACAAGAUUGCUGAUUUCAUCAAGUUUGACGUGGGAAAUGUCGUGAUGGUGACAGGCGGAAGAAAUCGUGGUCGUGUUGGAGUGAUAAAGAACAGAGAGAAGCACAAGGGAAGCUUCGAGACAAUCCACAUCCAGGAUGCGACCGGGCACGAGUUUGCAACUCGGCUAGGCAAUGUGUUUACAAUAGGCAAGGGUACCAAGCCAUGGGUGUCCCUUCCCAAGGGCAAGGGUAUUAAGUUAUCCAUAAUUGAAGAGGCCAGGAAGAGGCUUGCAAGCCAAGCAGCAGUUACAGCUUAAGGAAUAGUUUAGUGUAGUCAUGAUGAAAGGCCAUGAACAACAUUAAUUUUGAAAUAUCUGUUUAAUGGGAUUUUGCUCUGAUGCUUUGUUUUUUCUACUGGAAAUGUUUCUGCUAUGAUUUUAUUUGUUACGAUGGACUUAUCUUUUGGAAAUUGUCAUGAGUUGUUUACUUGUUUUUCUGGUAAA